AUGGACCCCGACGCCUGCCGCAACUGCGGCCACUCGGGCAAACACACCACCUUCCUCGACCACCGCUGCGCGAUCCACGAGCGCGACGACGCCGAGCGCGACAAACUACAAGCCGACGCCGCCCUCGAGCGCGCGCGCUCCCUCUGCGAGACGUCCCUCACCCUGAUGAAGCGGCAGAUGCAGGAGCUCGAGGACGCCAACGAGGCCAUCGAGGCGCUUGCGGCUGCGCUCGCGGCAGCCGAGGACCGCCGCGAGAGGGUCCGCCGCGACCUCGGCGCGCACGGCGACGUGUGCCUGACGGCGCGGUCGAACCUCGAGGCCGCGGAGGAGAUGGCCAUCGCGGCGGCGGGGCGGUACUUUGAGGCGGGAAGGGCGGUCAGCGCGCUGGAGGAACAGGAGGCGUUGGAGGCGAAGAGCAGUGAGCCAAGCUGGGAGCGGGAGCAGCCACAAGAGGAUGGGGAGGGUGAGGAGGAAGAGGGGGAUGCGAGGAGGUGGCAGCGGAGUAACGAGCGGUUCUGCAAGUGGUUGAGGCAGAGCGAGGCGCAGCGGCAGAUUAUGAAGUCGUCGUGGACGAAGCUGCGCGUCGCGGAGCGGCUGGCGGGCGAGGGCGCGGAAGUGGAUGAGGAGCAGGUUGCAAGGGAGAGAAGGGUGCAGGAGUGGGCGGCGGCGCGGCGCAGCGAUCUGCCGCCGGACGAGGACCCGACGCUGGUCACGGAGGAGGGCGCCGAGUCGGAGCCGGCGGCGCCGGUGGUAGCUGUGGCGGUGGCCGUGCCGCCUACGCCUGCGGCGACGAGGUCCGGGGCCGCGAGGCGGGCUGCUGCGCCGGCGCCGCUGAAGACGCGCGGCCGGAGCGGGAGGACUGCCGCUGCUGCUGCGCCGGUGACUGCGCCGCCGUCGCCGACGAAGACGACGACCACGACGACGGGGAGGGCGCUGCGGACGGCGAGGAGAGUGGAGAGCCAGACAAGGUCUGAGCCGAGCAGGCCUACGACGGCGACGAGGGCGAAGAAGGAGCCGGUGACGGCAAAUCAGAAGGCUGCGGCGACGAGGGUGACGAGAGCGGCGAGGACGGGGAAGACCGCGGCGCCCGCUACGGAAGCGGCGGCAGCGCACGGGGCGAGUGCCGGGAGCUCCGGGGCGCUUUCGGCGUCUGGGAGGCCGCAGAGGGUUACGAGGAGGAGGAGCAGGGUGCAGCCGUACCCGACGCCGGCGGCGCAGCCGAGAUGGAAGUAG